GAAUACAAUAUGGCGAUUUCCCAUAUAUCGCUCAACGUAGGAAAACAAAUUCAUGGCAAAAAUAGGAAAAUUAAAUGACGACAUAAUAAUGGAAGAUUUCCAGAGCGACGAUGAAAGUGAGAAUCUACCGUUUCGGAGAAGAAAAAUUCCUAAUGAAAACCUUACUGAUAGAAUAAUGAAACUUCAAUAUCAAAGACAUAGAAAACAUACUCAUUUGGCGAAAACUCAUAAACUAUAUCAAUGUGUUUUUCCAAAUUUAACAAUUUCCGAUGUUGAUUAUCCUCAGGUAUAUGGCAGAAAAUUUAGCCCUGAUGGACGACAUCUUGUCAGUUUUUCAAUGGAUUUAAAAACUUUAGUCAUUUAUAAAUAUAAUGGAGCCGCAUCAGCAGAGCAUUUACUUACAAAAAUCAAAUCUGAUGUUAAUCUUAUAAAUCAAGAAUCGUAUUGUAAUUAUGAAAAGUUAAGAAUGGUUUUAUUUAGUGCCUUUUUUACGAAGAAAUUUGAAAUAACUUUAGUAAAAGAUAGGGGAGGUUUAAAUAGGGAAUGUUCAGUUUUCUCGACAGAUUCUAGAUAUGUUAUUGUUUGCCACCAUUGUACUCAUUCUCAGAUGUAUGCCACGCAAUGUUUUCGGGAAAAUUUCUAUCAAAAUAACGAAACUCUCGCUCCAUCCUCGAGAACUCCAGUAGGAGAAUAUAAUUUCGAGGUUGUUGAUUUAUAUACUGGUACAAAGACUUUCUCCCUCCAAUUCGACAGUGAAAGAAUACCAAUAGCUCAUCAGCAAGGUAUUUACCUCUAUAGGAAUAAAUUAGGAAUUAUUUGCUUACAACAUCAAAAAAUCUUACUCUAUCACUUUGAAAAUGGAAUUCUUACUGAAUGUGAUCAGAUUGGAGUAGAUACACCUAUUGAACACUCAAAUUUAGAACCUUUUCAAUCUCCAUAUUUUGGUACUACUAGACAGGCUAUAUUUACAUUUUUAGCGGAAAGAGGAAAAAUGGAAGCCGAAAAUUCUAAAGAUCCAUUUGAAAAUAUGAAGAUGUUAGGUACAAGUCAAUGCUUGUCAAAGAUGAAAUUAUGGAGAUUUCAGUUUUUAGACGAAGAUAAACUUUUUAUUAAGUUUAUUCACGAAGAUGUCGUGUCUGCUAGGGUUGUUGAUAACGUGAUGAGGUUUGCCGUUUUUUCUGUGUAUAGCAUAUCAGCGAGGAGGAUAUUGUAUAUGUUUGAUGGUGCUUCUUCCACACUAUUAAAGGCCUUUGAAGAAAACUGUGAUGACUUUAGAAAUGCUGAACUGAACGGAAAAGAAGUCCUUUACCCAUCGUCAAUGGCCUGUUGUAUUGAUUCCAGAAUGAAUUAUUUAAGACAAAAAGCAUCUACAGCAACAGAUGAAAGAGAGUCUAACAAACGAUAUCUUGGACAAAUACCAAUGCCCUGUCAAAAUUUUUCGUAUUCUCCCUAUUUGGACGCUAAAUUAUUUAGUUAUGAUGAACAAUUUAUAUCGAAUUUCGAGAGACCAAAGCCCGUCUCAUCAGCUCCAUUAAACUUCCUCUCUCGACCUUCUUUAUUAAAGAAAUUUCAGAUUAAAACUGGUCCAGAACCCGAUCAAAGUCCAGCUAAUGAAAAAAAACUAGUCGCUUUCAACUUUCACCCGUUUGAACCUUUUGCUAUGAGCCUACAAAGAUGCGGUGUACAUUUUGUAUUAAAUUUCCAUAUUAGGCAUAAUUCUGUUAAGUAA